AUGAUUUUUAAAGAAAGCUUGUAAACUAGAUUAUAUAUUAACCAAAGAAGAAAUGGACUAAAUAAACAAGCCAAAAGAAUUGGCAGGAAUUCAAAAGUAUACUAUUCAGAGCAAGAAUAAUCAAUUUAAAGGAGAGUCAUCUUUAUAGCCUUAAAAAUUAAUACAGUCUCCCCUUUAAUUUAUAUUUAAAAUUAUGAGCCUCUAAUUCCUUUAUCACUAAUAAUAUUAUUUUAUUACGUAUCUGCAAAGUAAUAACUAAUAUCAUUUUAAGAGUAAAUUUUUAACUAGCAAGAACCAGAAUUAUUAUAUUCAAAAGGCUUUAGAUGA